AUGUGGAAAAAAGUAUCCCAAAAAUACUCGCUCAUUGCACACCUGAGAAUACAUUCCGGCGUGAAACCGUUUUCUUGCCAAACGUGUGGCAAAAGUUUUGCUCAAAAAAAUGGUCUUACUCAGCACCAACGGACACAUACUGAAGAGAAACCCUUCAAAUGCGGCAUUUGUGACGCACGAUUCAAGCGUAAUGAUACUAAAUUGGCGCACGAACGCGUGCAUGUGAAAGGAGCUUGUUUUGAGUGCGCUGAAUGCGGAAAAAAAGUAUCCCAAAAAUACUCUCUCAUUGAACACCUGAGACUACAUUCAGGUGUGAAACCAUUUUCUUGCCAAAUGUGUAGCAAAAGUUUUGCUAAUAAACCGCAUCUUACUAGGCACCAACGAACGCAUACUAAAGAGAAACCCUUCAAAUGUCGCAUAUGCAACCAAGGAUUCAAGCGUAAUGAUACUAAAUUGGCGCACGAACGCCUGCAUAUGGAAAGAGCUUAUUUUGAGUGUGCUGCUUGCGGAAAAAAGUUAUCCAGGAAAUGGAGUCUCAUUACACACCUGAGAGUACAUUCCGGUGAGAAACCGUUUUCUUGCCAAAAGUGCAGCAAACGUUUUUCAUUGAAAUGCAGUCUUAUUAAGCACCAAUGGACGCAUAGUGAAGAGAAACCCUUCAAAUGCCGCAUAUGCAACAAACAAUUCAGUCAGCAAUGGAAUAAGGAUAUGCACGAACGCUUCCAUGUGGAGGACCCUCCUUUUGAGUGUGCCCAUUGCGGCAACAAAUUCCGCUGUAAGAGCACCUUAGUUAGUCACAUAUUAUUUAAAUGUACUUGAAUUUCAAUAACUGACUAGGUACCUAUCUAAAUGUAUACAGAUUCAAAGUUUUACUUUUGUUUUCCAUUUUUUUUCAAUUUGAAAAAACUUGACUUCAAUCUUUAAAAAUGCCUUGCUUAUUGAUACCCGACUUGUGCUUCAACUUACAGACCUGGCGUUCAAUUUUUUCAAAUUCUAUCAACUUAAUGAUGUUAUCACAUUCAAAUUUCAAAUCAGAGAGAGUUACAGAAUCUCUCAACUUGACGGUCGACACGUUUUUUUGAAUUUUUGUCAUCUUCUGGACGAAUUAGUCAAGUUUUCAAACUGACUUUGUGGAAAUGCCAAUUUUUCUAAAGUUCAUGCGUUAUUUUAUGGUUAAUUUUUGUCCCCUUUCCACCUCAUCAAUCAUCCCAAAUAACUAGGAAAAUAUUUCUCGAUACGGGGCGCAAACCUCGCCUUUUCCUCUUCUUUCAAAACUUACCAGUUGGAAUGCAUAAUUCCUGAGCAUUCACUAUCUGUAAAAUUCCAAUCUUUUCUUCAACAAGUAGUAGAAGAAAAUUACACCAAAAUACAUCAUUUGCUAGUGAACCCUACCCCACCUUGGCAAUUUUUUAACCCUAUCGUUGACCUACCUUUGACAGAAUUUAAUAAAAGUCACAUCAACUCCACCAGUCCACCAUACUCGAAAGACAUUUUCUUCUCCUUCUUGACAAGUACAUAAUUGAGAAUACAAUCACAUACAAAUAUAUACGGAUGGCUCAAAAACUUAACAAUUCACUAGAUAGUGGAUAUGUUAUCAUUCAUGGCGAUAUCUCUAAUCCCAUUGCUUUCGCAUCCCUUUGCACCAUUCUCACUGCUGAAUUAUAUGCAAUAAUUAAAUCUGCAAUAACAUAUUCCCUUGAUUUUUCUUUAAAUUAAGGUAUAAUUUUUACUGACUCACUAUCAGCUGUUUUAUCAAUAAAAAACCGUAGGUCAAAGUACAUAAGGUACCUCACAUCCUAUAUCACUUGAAAUUAUUGAACUCUUCCAACUCUUCCAAAACAGCACGCCCAUACUAUGAUGUAUACCUUCACACUCCCAGAUUCAUGGUAAUGAGUUUGCAGAUGAAAUAGCUGAACAAGCACGCCUCCAUCUCCUCCUUGCCAACACUCCAAUCCCUCUAUCUGACCUAAAUAGUCCGGCAUAUGACAAUAGGAGUAAUUGCACCCCCAAGUCGUUUUAAAGCCUCCAGCAACUUUUUGAAAGGUUGUAUGACGUUUUUUUGGAAAAUUGAAAUUUCCUAAAAGUAGCUGGAAGCUUUAAAACCAUUUGAAACCACCAUGUAGUCUGCGAAGUAAAUUUCAGCUUGCCAACUCCAUUUGAUAAAUUAAUGUUGGGGAAAUUUCAAGUUUCAAAAAUCUACUGGAGGCUCCAGUAAUUUUCAAAAAAGUCGCUGGAGGCUCUAAAAUGACUUGAAAUCCACCAGAAGUCGUUUUCAGAGGGUGUUCAAAUUGGAGUGUAGAGUAAAUGUCAGCUUUCCAUCUCUAUUUGAUGAAAUUUUGUGAAAAU